AUGACUCCCGGGCUCCACUGCAAGACCGUUCUGCAACUCCAAGAUCCCACCGAUCAACCACAACAGGUCCUCUUGCCUGGUCCACCUGCUCCGGCCUCUCACGGUUCGAAUGUCCCUAACUUCUCGAGGAUUUUGACCAUACGCGCUCAGGCCUCUCAAUCACCAGUCAGAUCAAGGAAGAAGCCCAAGCAAGCAGCCAUGAGAAACCCUUCCAAGCUAUCAAGCGUGAAGAGAUGGGACGGUCAAUCUCACAAGUCCGCUGAUUGGGACGGUCUUCGUCGUGAUCAAGAACUUUGGCAACAGGACGGCGACUGCCUCGUUCAUCUAUAUGGCCAAGGGAAGUCAAAGCGGGGUGCCUCCUUCAGAACUUCAUACAGUUUGGUGGAGGCGGCGGCAGGUGAAUCAUUCGUCAACACAUAUAUGGCAUCAGAUUCGACUUCAAGUACCGAGAGCCUCGACGGUACAACACCAAGCACAUCAUCGACACAUAGUGAAUACGAGUUGUAUAUACCAGCUCCUGACGAUGCUCUCCGAGAAGAGGCUUACAGCUGGCAUAUCACGACCCGCAAUUUCUUUGCUUAUAUCACGAACAAGCCACUGGUUGGAGCUCAAUUAGGCAAGACUUUCAUCGACCUAUUGGAACGUAUUCAGCUGUUCUGCCCGAACAAGAUCAGCAACAGCCAGGACUUUUUGAUGUAUGCCCAGCAACAAGGCUACUCGAAAUUUGUCAACCGACCAGACUACGCACUAGCUUUCCUUAACUUUGCUGAAAAGUUCAAGUUGAGAGAUGUUUGGAUUGACGCCUUUGCCCACUGUGUUGGCAUGAACGAUCAGUUGGACUUGAGCCCGGAGUUUGGCGAUGUGAGCAAAGUAACAAAGGCUUUGAUCACACGAUCGUACCUGGAAAUGGACUUGCACUUGGGCCGAGUGACCAAAGCUCUACGAAACUUCCUGGAAGACGAGCUAGCUUCUACACAUCUGGGACUACCGACACCUGCUCGCAAUCAUCUGGAACGCUUCCGCUCAUUUUUGCACUCAUACUAUGUCAACAAGUUUGGAUACUGGCCGCCAGAAACUGGCCAUAUCAUGGACAAGGGUCUUCUACGGAGCAUGCACCAAGAAUUCCAGGUGCUUUACGAUUAUCUUGUGGAUGGUGAUUCUUCUCCAGAUAGCUCAAGCAGACUACCCACUGGAGGCAUCUGUGUGGUGCAGAACGUCGAUGCAUUCAACAGCCGCCACAAGUACGAGCCGUUGCCUCAUCCCUCACCACUGCUACCCGAUUACCAUAGUCUCGAAUACAGAACGUCAUCUCAGAAGGGUCUUCGGUCUCUAAGGCUGACUUCGAAAUCGAGCAAGGUGGAUCAAUCUGUGACAGCUCGAGCUGCACUUACCGCGGCCACCAACAAGAUUUCGUCCAACUCAGCACUCGUCCGCAACUACAUCUAUUUCGAGAGCAAAUUGACCUUCAGACCAGAAGAGAAGCUAUCGGUCGGAGAUGCGAGAAAGGUCAGAUGGAUUGCCAUCUACAGCAUCUUGCAAAUGCUCACCAACGCGAUACGUGCUCCUAAGGAAGUGGUCGCUGCAGACGUUGUGCCAUAUCACCUUUGCUUGUUGACCACAGGUAUGCCGCCGUGGAACGAGGACACCAAGGCCACUACCUCUCAGCUCUCGCAGGCGAGAUCUAUCAAGAUUGAUAGCGAGACUAGUGAUGAGUCUACGUUCACGAUUCAUCCUGACUGUGAGGACAACGACUACUUCUCUCACAAGACGAUGCCAAACCGAAGCGAUUCGCUUGCUUCUCUCCGACCGCAGCCGCUACGCAUCAACACGACUAGUGCAGUGAAUCGAACCAGUUCGAUCAGAAGCCUGCACAGAAGCUUGACCUCCAACUUCUCCUUCCCAUCAAGACGCGCUUCAUUCAGAGCUUCUAGCGCAUCGAACAACGCCUUGAACAGUCCUAGCGAACAGAGUGCUGAGUCACACGUCAACAAACGCUUCUCUGGUUACUCGUUCGCUAUCAGCGAGGAGGAAACUCUUGACUACCUCAACCCUCAACAACCAGAGCGCACACUGGCCGCUCCAAUCUACCAUCUGCCUGAAGCACGCACGCCCACGCUUGACGUCUUCAUGCUAGACACUUUCGCAGCACCAGAAGCACCUUCGACACCCUCUAGCUUCACAUCUUCCAUCAUGUCGCCAGCCUCAGCGUCAAGCGAUAUGUGGGACCACAGCCCGCACAGUGUGAGCAGCGACGACAUGGAUGCACCAAGCUGGUACGACCGCCGCAGCAGUGGCGCCGGAGUCUACAACAUGGACCACGACAGUGUAUGCAGCGAUAUCAACCGCAAAUCCAGCAGUGGCUCCAGCUGCAGCUGUUCCGGCACCGCAAGCCCGACUUCCGACCUUUCGACCUUGACUGCCUCUUCUGCAGCAGCUGUAACCGCGAAGAUGUUUAGUUUCCACGCUCAGAGCCAGCAAGGCGCUGCGCAGAUGCCUGCUUGGUGGGGUGUAGCAGGCGAUAGAACAUCUCCUCGUUCUUCCAUCUCGACACUCGCAAAGCAACAGGGUCAGUCGCUUGGACUGUCGGUUCCUGAAGAGGUUCCCGAAGAUGGUGUGAUGGCGUUCAGAACAUACAGCCACGAGUUCAUUGUGGAAAGAGGGGUGGAGAGCACUGUUGAUAUUUUUAAUGCUAUGCGCAUGUUGAACUGA